UCAGACUUUUCCACGUUGCAAUAUUUUCAAGGUGGGAGCUUAGAAAAAAUCGAGCAAACAUAGCAACAGUAGCAACUUUUUAGUCUGGAAGUAUAGCCUACAAAACAGGUUUUUGUAAAUUAUUUGUCAAAACUUUUAAAACUGUAACGACAAUGUCCUCGAGUCAUUCCUCUACAGGAGUUCCUAAAUGGGAAUAUCGCGUCCGCUUCGUCCUGUGUUUUCUGGGUUUAGUUCUCUCGGUUUACGCGUUGCAUGUCGAGCUGUCCCGGGAGAACGAUCCCGAGUAUCGCGCGAUGUGCGACCUGGGCCAUUCCGUGAGCUGCUCUAAAGUCUUCACAUCCAGAUGGGGACGUGGAUUUGGGCUCGUCCAGAUCUUUACUUCCAAAGAAAGCCUGUUAAAUCAGCCAAACAGUGUCUUGGGAAUCAUUUUCUAUGCAUUGCAGCUGGGUUUAGGCCAGCAGGUGUCCAGUAGAGCAGCGUUCCUCCUUGUCAUAUCUUCUUGGGUGUCAGUGGCUGGAUCUGUAUAUCUGGCUGUUAUUCUGGCAUUCGUCUUGGGUGAUUUCUGCGUGGUCUGUGUCUCAACCUACGUCAUAAACUUUGCUCUCCUCUACACAAACCUAAAGAGAAGGACGGGACUGGAGGGACGUGUGAAGAAAGGGAAGCGUGAAUGACACUUGUUUUUUUUUGGGAAGACAUCUGGGAUUAAGCUGCCUUGAUGGCAUGUCUGAAAUAAAAGUUUACAGAUAAUUGUUUAUUACUGAAAAUCCUGGCACUUUGCAGACUUGUCUUAGUUAAAAGAAUACUAACAAUAAUCUGGACUUCACAUGUUCAUAGACACAAAUAGGGGAGGAAGAUUCGGUUUUAUUUAUAAUCUGUUUCAGAAUAAUGAAAAAAUGUCUUCAUGGAAGGGAUGAUACAGUUAUCAGAAAGUGUAUGAUGCUCAUCAUGUGUUUUGCAUCCAGGUCAGAUUUUUACAUUUACAAGUAGGCUAAUGUGAAACCCAAGUUCUGAUAAAAUAUUGAUUAAACCUUUAUGUGAUUAAUAAAGUCAGAUUUUCCAUUGAA